GCUCACGUAAGACUCUCGCGUUCGUAAAGUGACGACAUUCGCUCUUCGCUCUCUUUCCUUCGUAUUCUCGGUUUGGAGAGUAUUUUUUGAUACGAUCUGAAAAUGACGAAUGCCAUGCAGCUCCAUAUUCGUGGACAGGAGACAACUGUCAUUGAUUGCAUAGACAGUGACAGAAUACAACACAUAAAGAAAAAACUUGCAUCUCUUCAAGGUAUUGAGGAUGAAUUUAAUCUUUAUUGUAAUGGGAGUUUAUUAACAGAUGAAGCCUGUGUUGGUGAACUUCCAUCAAAUGAACUUGAGUUGACUGUACCCUUGCGGGGAGGUAAGGUUCACGGUUCUUUGGCACGUGCCGGCAAAGUAAAGGCUCAGACACCUAAGGUUGAAAAACAAGAGAAAAGUAAAAAGAAGACUGGCCGUGCUAAACGACGCAUUCAAUAUAACCGUAGGUUUGUCAACGUCGUUCAAACCUUUGGUCGCCGACGUGGACCUAAUGCCAAUACUAAUUCAUAAACAAAAAUAUAUUAUAUUAUUUGUUAUAAUAAAUUCAAAUAAAAUGUCAUACGACUAAGGUAAACGCAUAUUUUGUGAUUCAAAAGAAAAUCACAUAUAUGUAUAUUAAGUUUUAUUUUUUACAGUCACGUGAUACAUGUGCGACUGUAUCUAAACACACGUCUUAUCAAAAAGAAAAUCAGUCUGAAUUCGGCAGAAUUUGUAUAAAUAAAACGAAAGAUGCAAAAAUA